AUGGCCAUCUCUUUCGACUUCACAAUGUUUGAUAUGACCGAUCCCAAGCUCACCAAGUCUGCAGACGCUUUGGAGUCUGCCCUUGCUCAAUUUGGCAAGGUUGCACUUCCUGCAGUCAACAACGAUACCAACGACGUUUUUGCCACUCCUGCUUCUACCGCUACUGUCACAAACAAUGGUUGUGGAUUUGAUGAGUGGCUGGCCAAUGAUUUCCAAUUGGGCGUGUUGUCUGGUGAUGAUGUCUCUUUGACUUCGAGUCCCUUCUCUGCUCUGGAUGAUUCUCCUGACUUGGGAUUUGAUUCAUUUGGCACUGUCAUGGGCCCUUCUCUCUUUGACAUGGCCCUUGGUGUCAACAAUGAUUUGGUGACCCCCGUUUCGACGCCUGCUCCUUCUAUUGUCGCCCCUGUUCUAUCUACAGCGCCCGCUCAGGUCAAGGUCCCCUCAGUGACCGCUCCAUCGUCGCUGUUGACCAGUGCUGCACUCCAGCAGGCUGCAGCAGCGCUCAACAUCCCUUGGAGCCGUGAUUUGGAGCUCGCCGUAAUUGCUCAGGCCAAUGCUGCAACUGUCCUUAACACUUCGUCCAGCGCUGCCCCAUUGAACACUACCCCCGCAGUAGUCCCAAAGUCCGAGCCUGUUGAGCAGAGUAUCACCUCUGUUCCUGUCCCUGUAAGUGCUGUCAAGUUUGUGCCUGCCUCAGCUGCUUCUAAGAAGCGCGCAUUAUCUCCUCCAGAGGAGAAUGAGGAGAUCAUUGCCAAGCGUGCUAAAAACACGGACGCUGCCCGUCGCUCACGCCUUAAGAAGCUGGUUCGAUUGGAGACGCUUGAAGCCAAGGUUGCAGAGCUAGAGGCAACUAACAAUCGUCUCACUAUGAAGGUUGCUAUUCUUGAAACUGAGAAAAAUGGUCAUCUCUCCAAGGAGGCUGACCAGAGUGCCCGCAUUGCCCAGUUGGAGGCCAAGCUUGCGGAGGCCCAUAGUCUUCUCACUAGUCGUGCUUCUGCAUAA